CGGGGUGAAAUUCAGUACUUGGCUUUUUGCGCAGCAAACAAGUUUCUUUUUGAUGGCUUUUUGAUGGCUGCUGCACGCUGACCAUCUGCCACGAGCAAGCACACCUGCGAUCUCCCUGGCUGCACAAGGGCACAGCACGACAGAUGCUUCCUCCGCGCUGGACGCAGUUCCCCAACGAGAAGGAUGCCUGCUGCGCAUGGACACUUUGGUCUUUCCUGCUUGCGUUGUACCUCAUUUAUGGCUCCUUAGCCACCAUGAAUCUUUGGAAGGCCUUGGAGGAGCCCGACUAUGUGGAGACCUCGGAGGAACGGAUGGCGAAGCCGCCCCCAUCCUUGGACGUGUGCGAGUUGGUUCGGAUCAGUGCCAGCUUGAAUUACUCCAUGCUGGGAUCUGUGGCGGUGGCAUGUCAAACUGGUUGGUUCUCCAAGGAUGGCAGCGAGGAUCACUUCGACACCCCGCUCACAGCCUCCCAGACCUUUGAUGCCUCAGAGGGCAGGUUUCGGUGUGUCCGCUUCCAGUCCACUGCGGCGGUGCCGAAAGAGGCCACUGUCACGUACUACAACUUCUACCUGGGACUCAAGGAACCAGUGCACCCGAAGCUGUACCGCUUUGGCGGCCAGUACAUCGCAGGGCUGGUAUUCAGGCCAUCAUUGGCUGAGAACGCCAGCAAUCAGUUCGCCUUUCAAGAAGAGCGGUUGAUGCGGAUGUUCGUGCCUUCCAACGUGAUGCCGGGCUACAGGAACGUGGUGGCCACGGCCACUCCAUCCUUGGCCAAAUGGGUGGACACCCUGGGCGGUCGAAUGGGAGCCGCCAGUGAGGACACCUUCUAUUUUGCGGAUAUGACCUUAGUGCCAGAGUCCCUGCAACGGACCAGCGAUGUCAACUCCCACACGACCGCGGACUCCUUCAGGUACACUCUGAAGAUCGGCUUGCCUUUGUCCACCGAUUUGGUGCGUGUGAAGCUUCACAUCAACGAUGUGCUGAAGUGUCUCCUCAACUGGCUUGGCGAGUUGACCUCCGCCACCGCAGCCUCUCGGCCGUGGCGGGUUGGCGGAGAAGACAUGACAAGACAUGGCGGGAAGGUCUUCAAAUUGAUCACCAACCUCUUUCCAGCCAUGGAGAAGGAGACCUUUCGCCUCUUUCUGCAUUUGCCCUGGCUACAUUUGGGUUUGGCCCAUCCGUCAGAAUUGGACCCCUUGGCCAAAUGCCGUCCGGAGACCGCAGAGCCGUGAGCGUCGAAAAGUGCUGCGGG